CGACUCUAAACUUAGACCCUCCAAUUCCCCAACCUUGGAGCAGUGGCAGCCUAGACCCAAACGGUACAUUAGCGAACGUGGACAACUCGUGCUGACCCGGGACCUGAACCAGACUUAUAAACAACAAAACUGAAUCGCGCAGAACCUGGCAGACGUCGCAAAUCAAUCGGCCGGCUCGAGGACAAUCUCCUAAACUGUCGCUGGUGUUAUUGCGGUUCUUGGUUCUGUCUGUUGUAACGAUACCGCUGAGCGAAGCUUCACGAAACACAGCCCCAUCUGAGGUCCCUUCCUAUUCGACCUUCAUAGAGCUGCCAACUUUGUUGAUCUUUUCCUCGUCGCUCCUUUUUUUGCUAAAAACCACCCCUCCUGUACAUAUCAACCUCACCCCAAAGGGACGCGCGUCGCUUCAAUCGACUUCACGAAACCUUCACCAGUAGUCGCGAUCCCUCUCACGUGGGCAAGAUGCCGGGUUUCGCAGAUUCCUUCUGGUCCGCCGACUAUGCUGGAGGACUGGGAGUUCUCUUCGGGAAGCUUCAGCAGGGUGUCCUGGAAAACCAGCAGGUCCUAACGAUUGCACGAAUGCGAGCCGAAGCCGAAGACCUCUACGGGAUGCGUUUGGGCGAUAUCGGGCCAGCGACUGACAAGAUGACUGGCGGAUUCACGAGGGAUGACGGCGCAAGCCUCAAAAAGGCAUACGAUGGAGUCCGCAGUGAGAUGGAGGAGGCGUCGAAGAACCACCGAAGGAUAGCUUCGAGUAUACGCGAGCUUGUCGUGAACCCAUUCAGCCGCUGGUGCGACGCCCACGAGAAUCGGGUGCAGUCUUCGCAAGACGAUCUGCAAUCGCGGAUCAAGUACCACGACAAACAGGCCGAGUCGGUCAGGAAGCUCCGCAGCAACUACUUCAACAAGUGCCGUCUUGUGGAGGACAUUGAGGAGGAGAACAAGCUUGCGUUCCAAGACCCAUCAGGCCCGGAGGGGAGCCCCAAAGGAAAACAGAAUAUACCCGAGAUCAAGGUGGAGGAGAAUGAUGAGGAUGACGAGCCUCUGGAAAUCGGAGACGAGAUCUACCAGCCCGAGCAGGUUAAGAAGAUGCUUGAACAUGCCCUAAACACCGUGGCGCUUGGAGACACCAAGGUGCCAAUCCUUGGCACUUAUCAGAACACUACAUCUGGUGCUGGUAUUGUGGAAUAUCUGCAAAAGCACCUGGGUGCUACCACUAUCAGCCAUGCUGAGCGUGUUGGCCAGGAUCUUGUGGACCACGGAUUCUUGCGCCUGAUUGGCAACGUUGGUAACACUUUUGCCAACAGCAGCAAGAUGUUCUACCAAUGGCGGCCACGGGCAUUCCAGUACGCCGGCGUACCUGAGAAGAAGCAGACUCUGAACCGAACAUUCUCUCUCGCUCCCAACUCCGACUUUGCAGAGUCGCCAGUUGUUGGAGCUGUUGGAGAGUACCUUUCCGGAUGGAGCCUGGUUAACCAACAUCCAAAUGAGACCCCAGCUCAGCGUCUCCGAAGAGAAGCUGCCGAGGCGGAUGAGAGAUACAAGGCGUCUGUGCGAAAGUUGGACCUGCUAAGGUGCCAGCUCGAGGAGGCUAUUAUUGACCACCUCAAGUUUAUGGAGCGUUGUGAGCUUGACCGCCUAAAGGCUAUCAAGUCAGUUGUUCUUGACUUUUCUGGCGCAAUCAGCAAUGCCAUCCCAAGUCUUCAGUCAACCGUCGACAAGAUGAUGCUCUACCAAGAGACCGUUCAGCCGCUGGGAGAUCUCCGCUAUCUCCUAGAGAACUACCGCACUGGUGGCUUCGCGCCGAAAGUCCAGAUCUACGACAACUAUUACAACUCUGCCGAUGAGCAAACAUUCGGUGUUGACUUAGAGGCCCGCGCUCGUGCUGAUAAGAAGCGCGUCCCGAAUGCUAUCACCUCCAUCCUCACAUUCUUGGACAACCACUAUCCGGACUUGGAAGGUGACGAGGCUAGACGAGGCAUCUGGCUUGUCGAUGUUCCGUUGCAAAUCACUCAUCGCCUGAGAGACGAGAUCAAUAACGCAAAGCCGGUACCAAUGGAGACUCUCCAGCGCUAUGAUAUACCCGUAGUAGCAAGCGUGCUCAAGCUGUACUUGCUAGAACUUCCUGACUCCCUGGUCUCUUCCCACGUCUACGAGAUUGUUAAAACCAUCUACAACACCCCCGCCUCAGAGUCGACCGACUCGGCCCGUAUAUCUGUACUCCAAAACACUCUCAUCCAGCUUCGCCUCUCCAACAUCGCAACCCUCGACGCGCUCAUGACCCACUUCACUCGACUAAUCGAGCUAACCUCAGCCGACGAAGCCUACACUGCCGCCCUCGCCCAAACCCUCGCCCCCUGCAUCCUCCGCCCCCGCGCAGAGAACUCCCUAACACUAGAGGAGAAGCAUUCCUACCGCCUCAUCCGCGACCUCUUCGUGCACAAGAGCCAGAUCUUCAGCGAACUCAAGCGCGCUAGCUCGCUCUCCCACAGCGCGAAUAACGCCAACAAUAACCGUCCGAGAGCGAUCAGCACCGACGAGAGCAACCGCAAGGCAAACAUGGAGGCUAGGACGCGCGCUAUCCUCGCGGCGGGGGGGUCGAGGAGCAGAGCUACCAGCCCGGCACCGAGCCCGCGUGGGCAUAGGAGGGAUAGGAGUAGUGGGGGCCCGGAGACGAGGUUCCCCAUCCAGACGUCGCCGACUUUGACGUCUGAGACGCGUAACUCGAGGGGCUCGCUUGGAAGCACUGUAAACAGGGCUAGCUUGGAUAUUCCGGGGUCGAUCGAUUCCAUCUCCACUGGACCAGAUAGCCACUCUGCGUCCAGCGCGCUGCAGCAAGCUACGAAUGGAGUCAGUGAUUUCAACUCAUUCGGCGCAGGAGCGGCGGAUGUUGGCGCUGAUGAGGUAGGGGUGGAGAAGCGGAAUAGCCUGGGAAGACCUAGUCACCCAGUAGUUGGGAGACUGGCGACGGCGCGGAAGCCGCCGGCGUCGAGUGCGUUGAAUAGGUUGAGCGUUGGCGGUGGUGGCAAGCUCGAGCAGCCGGCGGGCGUUAGCCUCACUGAUAAGGCUAUGGAUGACUGAGUUAUGAAUGAUUGUUUGGGGGAAAGGGGCUACAUAGGAUGAGACGAAGGGCAGAUGAACGUUUGUAUGAUAUGAUUUUCUUGCUGAAGCAGCGCCGAGGGGCGAUUGCAAUUAUGAUACCUUUGAUUAAAUCAUAACUUUGUCAGAUAUUUUUAAGAUAUUGUGAAUCAUGCGGGGGAAUUUGAAGAUGUGAGAUUAUUUCUCAUGUUUGAGUAGGCCAAUUUUGUACGAAGUUACUGUGUAGCACAGAGACAUUGGAAGACGUGGUACUAUUUUGCGAACUGAGUCAGCCAAUUCUUCAUGAAGAUAUUGUGUAGCAAAAACAUUUUAGAAUACGAUUGUAUUCUGUAGACCGAG